UGUCAGCUUCCUUUCCUUGUUUUUAUCACUCAUCAUGCAUAGAGGGAUUUGUCUAACGCAAUUAUUGCUUUCUCAGUAACUUUGCGAAUAUAUAGUGAUUGUACUGUAAUCUAAAUUUAGCAUUUUUGCCGUACUAUCCAGGACAUUAGGAAUCUUAACGGCAAUCUCUCAGUCUGCUGCGUUAGUUGGGCCAGUUGUUAGCUUCGACAGCUAACAAACUAGCCAAGCCUUGUACAGGUGACUUGUCUCAGAAGUGGCCUCUCCCACUUCGUUGUGGUGUCCACCCUGGCAACAUUUUUGGACUUGCAAAAGGAGUUAUCGGACAUAUACUACAAACAGUGGCUUUUUGCUUCAUUCACAGAACGGAUUUCGUCGUUUCCCCCGUUCAAAUCCAGUUAGCCGCCUUCCCCAGUAACGAUUACCUCCGUCUGAAUCUGGGCCUUUUGCAUGUAGCCUUCUAGCUCAGUCUAUCGUUAGGCUUCUCGAUGGCGUCGGACACAAGUGACACUGAGGAAUUUUAUGAUGCUGCCGAAGAUGUUAACUUCUCUCCCUCUGCAAAUGCUUCACCUGCAAAAUUCGUCCUUCCCAGUUCUCAGGCUGCUAAGGAGUCCUUGGAGCAGGAGGUAGCAGCAGGAUUGGCAUUGCCGGAGUCUCGCAAUGACGACUCCCUAAAGAUCAUCGACAGCAUUAUUGAGGAGAGCCAGAAGGACAACGGUGCCCAGGACCUCCUCCAUGGGGAGGCCGGCAGGAGGCCGGAGGAGGAGAGGCCGAGAGCAGACGACCACCAGGGGGCAGCAUCAUCAUCCGCAGCAGCCAGCGCCCCCAGCGCCGCCCCAGAGUUCCUCUCAGGGCUGGUGACCGCGUCCACAUCCGCAUCCGGCAGCCAAUCAGACCAGCAGCCUGGCAGGGCGGCGGAGCAGGGUUCGGAAGAUGCUGGGUUGCCCGCGGCAGCAGCAGGUGUGGAGGUGUGCGUGCCAGCAGUCGCACCCGAGGCCGCCCAGGAUCAUGCUGCUCAACCGCCCCCACCUCCAGACAUCACCAGCACGCUCGGCGGACGCACCCCCAGGUCCGACUCGCAGUGCGCCGGUGGGGGAGGAGGAGUGCCUGAAUCGGACCCCAGCCCGGCCGACCUCCUGCAGCAGUUCCCUCUGGCGGACAACAACAGGCCCCAGCUGGAGCAGCCGGACCACCAGGAUCAGAACCAGGAUGUGGGUCAGGAUGAGGACGCCGAUCAGGACCCCGCGGGCGGGCCCUCCAAGCCGCCCAGGCAGUUCGCCGUGGAGCCCGACAUCGUGGCCAGCACCAAGAAGGCACCGCCCUCCAGACCGCCCCUCCCGUCGGGAGCCCCGCCGCCCCGGCCGCCGCCCCCCUCGCGACCCACCCUGCCCCCCAGCAAGAGGUCCCAGGACGCCCUCCGGCCCAGCGUGCUCGCCGUGUCGUCGGAGGUGCUGGAGGAGCCGUGUGGCCUGGUGUCCCCCAGCUCGACGGUGCGCUCCCUCACCAAGGAGCUGCAGCACUCACUCGACCUCGCUAGCGCCACCAGCGGGGAGAAACUCGUCACUGCACAGGAGAAUGACGAGCAGGAGUGCAGUCCCAGUGGCAGCGAGACACCAGGACCUCAGAGACCGCGAUCCAACUCCGGCCGAGAACUCACAGAUGAGGAGAUCCUGGCGAGUGUGAUGAUUAAGAACUUGGACACAGGAGAGGAGAUCCCUCUGAUCCAGGCGGAGGAGAAACUGCCCACCGGCAUCAACCCCCUCACACUACACAUCAUGCGGAGAACUAAAGAAUACAUCACGAAUGAUGCUGCCCAGUCGGACGAUGACGAUAAGUCUGCAGCACCUCUUACGGACACAGACGGCGGAAAGCUGAAACAAAAAACCAUGCAGUUUAAGAAGUUCCUGGGCAAGUCUGUGAAGCGAGCCAAGCACCUGGCGGAGGAGUACGGUGAGAAGGCGGUGAACAAGGUGAAGAGCGUUCGCGACGAGGUCUUCCACAACGACCAGGACGACCCCUCGUCCAGCGACGACGAGGGCAUGCCCUACACGCGGCCCGCCAAGUUCAAGGCGGCCCACAGCUUCAAGGGGCCCUUCGACUUCGACCAGAUCAAAGUGGUGCAGGACCUGAGCGGAGAACACAUGGGUGCCGUGUGGACCAUGAAGUUCUCCCACUGUGGCCGCCUGCUGGCCACCGCAGGGCAGGACAACAUGGUCCGGAUCUGGGUACUCAAGAACGCCUUCGACUUCUUCAACAACAUGAGGAUCAAAUACAACACGGAAGGUCGCGUGUCUCCUUCCCCAUCUCAGGAGAGUUUGUGCUCCUCCAAGUCUGAUACGGAGGGAGCGAUGGGCUGCGGGGUGCCAGAGGACCCAGACAUGGAGGACCGUAACGCCCCCUUCCGGCAGGUUCCCUUCUGUAAAUACAAGGGACACACCGCCGAUCUGCUGGACCUGUCCUGGUCGAAGAACUACUUUCUGUUAUCCUCCUCUAUGGAUAAGACGGUGCGGCUCUGGCACAUAUCCAGACGAGAAUGCCUCUGCUGCUUCCAGCACAUAGACUUUGUCACCGCCAUCGCAUUUCACCCCAGGGACGACCGCUACUUCCUGAGCGGCUCUCUAGACGGCAAGCUGCGGCUGUGGAAUAUUCCGGACAAGAAGGUGGCGCUGUGGAACGAGGUGGACGGCCAGACGCGCCUCAUCACCGCCGCUAACUUCUGCCAGAACGGCAAAUACGCCGUCAUCGGCACCUACGACGGACGCUGCAUCUUCUAUGACACAGAGAGAUUAAAGUACCACACACAGAUCCAUGUGCGCUCUACGAGAGGGAGGAAUCGCGUGGGCCGCAAGAUCACGGGCAUUGAGCCUCUACCAGGGGAGAACAAGAUCCUGGUGACGUCCAAUGACUCCCGUAUUCGGCUGUAUGAUUUAAGGGAUCUGUCCCUCUCUAUGAAGUAUAAGGGCUAUGUCAACAGCAGCAGCCAGAUCAAAGCCAGUUUUAGCCAUGACUACUCCUUCAUCGUGAGUGGCUCGGAGGAUAAGUACGUCUACAUAUGGAGCACCUACCAUGACCUCAGCAAGUUCACCUCCGUCAGGAGAGACCGCAAUGACUUCUGGGAAGGCAUCAAAGCCCAUAAUGCCGUGGUGACGUCGGCCAUCUUUGCGCCGAACCCCGCUCUCAUCGUGCCCCAGGAGCCGGGAAGCACCGAGAAGCCUGAACCAGAGGUCAAGCCCACCGACCCCGACGACUCAGAAACCAUUCCAUCAGGAGCCCUUAAAACCGACCACAGUGAAGUUCUCCUCUCGGCAGACUUCACUGGCGCCAUUAAAGUUUUCAUCAACGUCAAGAAAUACUGACGCGCCUCCUCGUCCUCUUCUACAGAAGUACUGAAGCUCCUCCUCCUC